CCUAACCAACCCGCCAGCACCAGCAGUGAGGACGACGAUCCAGAAGUGAAGUAACCUGCGGAGCUCUGGUUUGAAUUUCUAAAACUGAAAGCAAAAAUGGAAGUUCAAUCUCGACGAGAUGAACCAGAACAAUCGUCUUCGGCGGGCUUCAAAGCCCUAAUAUCAUUAUAUUCUAGUUACUUUUGGAACCGGCUCACCGCGAUCCUUCCUUCUUCCGAUUUGAAUUUUCUCUGGAAAAUCUCGAAUCUCUAUCGCCGAAUAGCUCGUCGAAAACGAAGACCUUACCUCCCUCUUCCUCUGCCAUCCAGCUCGCUGGACUCUUAUGUAGUUUUGAAGCAGUCAUCACGAGUGUAUGAUGUUUUGGAGGAAAUGAUGGCGAGGACGUUGUUAAAUUUGCAUAAUGUCCAGAAGAAUUUGCAGUUUUGGCAGUCUAGAGCUGAGGGAACUGACUAUCGAAGAGCAUAUUUCAUGAUUUUCGAGAGAGGGCCAUUUGCUUUUGUUGAUGGGGCAGUUAAGUUUGUCCGCAAAAGUGUGGUUGAGGGUUCACCAAUGCAGCAUCUUUUCCAAUCUGCAUCAGUUUACAUGUCCGAGAGGAUAGCUGUCUUGGCUGCUUUGAGAUGCUCACUUGCGACAUUUUUGGCUCAGAUUUAUGUGGAAGUUGAUAGAUGCGGGGAAGAGUUAGUGAAGGAUCCAGAGAAAACACUUCCUUCAUUAUUGGUUAUAAUUGAUGGUUUAUUUUUGGACUUGGAGGCGUCAAUUGGCCAUUUACAUGCAAUUCGUUGGAGUGAUUCUUCUGUUGAUGGUAGCUAUUCAUUUCCUCUACUCUUUGAGAAGUUGCCAGAAGUUAAUCAGGAAGGUUCUCAGUGGACUGAAUGUGAACUCAAUGAUGCCAUUAAUGUGGUUUACAAAAAUCUUCACAAACUGGAUUCAUAUUUAUCUCUGAUGGUUGCGAAGCACCGAAAACCAAAGAAAGUAACUUUGUGUUGGAUCCGCUAUACAUGUGGUGCAGUUGGACUCUCAGUUGUUUCUAUGUGGCUCCUACGACAUAGUAGUUUGAUGGGAAGCUCUGACAUUGACAAUUGGAUUCGUGAAGCCAAGGAAGCAACAAUUAGCUUCUUUGAAGAACAUGUGGAGCAGCCGGUCCUUUCCAUCAGAGAUGACCUUUUUGAGACAUUCCGGAAGAGGGACAAAGGUGUGAUGAAUAAUGAAGAAGUACAGUUGACUGUUAAUUCACUGCACCGAAUGUUGCGGGCUUUCAGUGAGCAGACAAUGGGGCCACGUUUCCUUGAGAAUGCAUCAGAUCAAGAAAUGCUUGAAAUAGUUAUGGCCAGGUAUGAAAAGGAGAUGGUUCAUCCUAUUCAUAAUCUUCUAAGUGGAGAGCUUGCUCGUGCUUUGCUCAUCCAGGUUCAAAAGCUAAAAUUGGAUAUCGAAAUGGCAAUGCUUGAACUUGAUCAGAUUCUCAGGGCAAACGAAAUCAAUUUUGCUAUUCUAGCUGCGUUGCCAGCAUUCAGUCUCUUUAUUAUUCUGGUCAUGUUGGUCCGUGCAUGGUUUAAGCAGGAUUCUAAAGCUGAAGGAAGAGGAAGAACUGCCCGGCUUCAGCGCAGGCUUCUCAUUGUGGAGGUCGAGAAGAGGAUUAUGCAGUACCAAACUUAUGCUGACCAAGGGCGGGAAAAAGAUGCACAGUGCAUAUAUGGAUUGAUGAUUUAUGCUCUUGAUCGUUUAUAUCAUGCCGCUGAGAGACAAGCAAAUGAAACUGGAGAAUGGCAAUAUUUGAAACAGGAUAUAAUUGAGUUAGGGAAGCCUGGCUUGCCAACUGCUUCUAAGCUCAUUGUAACAUCUCGCAUGGAGAGGAUGUAUGCAAGUUUGCUUCCUCCAUUGAAAUAGCAGUAGCUGUUAUCUUUCUUUCCUUGCCUUUUUUCCUGGUGAGUUUCGCUACCCUACUUUGCCUGCCCUCCCAAAUUGGCCGUAUGAUAAAAAUUUUGGAAAGGCCAUUGAAUAUCUUUUUGAAGUUAUGAAGGCCUUGGUCCAAGGGACUUGUUUCAUAUCACUGUACGUACAGCAUAGCUGAGUAAACAAAUAAUCACAUCAAAUUUGCUUUUGACAUGUUCAUGGAAUGAAUUUGGUCCGAGGGACUUGUUUCAUAUUACUGUAUGUACAGUAUAGUUGAGUA